UCCCUCCAUUAGGGCUCCUCGAGUUUUAGGGUUGAGGCUGAGGCGCGAGAGGAUGACUGUGGCGAGGGCGAGCAGCGGCGCUUCCGGGGCCAGCGGAGCAGCGGGAGGUAUGGCGGCGCCUUCUACUGCUGCUGCGGCUUCCACAAUUCCGUCCAGCGCGCGUAAGAUGGUCCAGAGCAUCAAGGAGAUCGCCGUCGAGCGCAGCGACGAUGAGAUCUAUGCGAUGCUCAAGGAGUGCGGGAUGGACCUCAAUGAGGCCGUCCAGCGCCUCUUGAAUCAAGACACUUUCCAUGAAGUCAAGCGGAAGCGCGAUAAGAAGAGAGAGAACAAGGAUGGCUCGUCCGAUAUCAAGCCUGCUAGAGCUCCUAGCUCGUCCGCCAGAGGGGGUCGCUAUGGUCGUGGAGGUUCUAGAUACGAGCCUAGCGGAGGUGGUCGUGGCCGGGGUGCUCCGAGAGAGAAUGGAUAUUAUCCUAAGUCUUCCGGCCCUCAAGAGGCUCCACCAUCGGCAGUGCCGCCAAAAUUGCCGAGUGGUCAAGCAAGCAACCCAACUCCAGCACCGGCAGCGCACAACGAGCAAGCAGCUUACCAUCGCCCAUCUCUCAGCGGUGGUGCUCGUCCAACUAUCGCGGAGAUCUUGAAGUCGUCGACAAUGCAGACCGUUGUCCAACCUCCUAGGCUUCCAAUGAGCAGCGAUCCUGUUGCACUUGAGCCUGGGAUCACCAAGAGAGACGUUGGUGUGGUUGGAAAUCAGCGGUCUUCGAACGAGGUUGACAUGGAACCCCCUCUGCCGGGUGACUACGUUUCUGACGAGCAAGCACCACUUCCAGACGGGCAUCCUGGAAUAUCGUCGACUUCUUCUGCAGCCGAUUCUUCGCCGCCACCUCGUGCCACGUACUCCAGCAGCAGGCACCAGGCACACCAGGCACCUGUUGGUUCUCAAAAACCUGGUGUACUCCAGGAAUGGAAAGUAAAGCCGAGUUCUACCGUGCCUUCUGUUGUCGCCGACACCUAUACGUCUGAUUUUCAGAGGGCUCCGGCUCCAGCUACGACGUCUAAGUUCGAGGACAAGGAGGACCAGUCCGUGAUCAUACAUAACCAGUUUCUCGCUUCUGCAGACCUCAACUUAAAUUUUGGGAGCUUAACCUUUGGGUCCGAUGAGGAUUCUCUAACACACAAGCCGUCUGCAGUGGAGGACGAGCCUGAGGGCAUAGAAGAAGAAGAAGAAGAGCCUGAUGAUCAACCUUCUCCGAGUACUGCUUCAAAUCCUGCAGCUCAAAACUACGACCUUCCGCAGACAUCUGCGAUGGCUGAUAGUCUUCCUUCGAACAGCGAAGUGACUGCAGUCAGCAUUGCGGUCCCAGCAGUGUCUCAUUCGGAGCUCUCGAAACCCGACUCUUCCGUGCAAAGCUCUCAUUAUCCAUACUUGCCAACGGCCUAUUCUGGAUUCGGAUUGAUGGCUCAACCUGGAACGCAGUACCCGUACGAGUCAUCCGAUUCUCAACUUUCGGAUGGAUCUCGUUUUUCAAGCUUGCAUCAGCAUUAUUCGGAUCCAACUGCAAGCUACUACACUCCUGCGUAUAGGCCCAACGUCGAGACUGAUAUGCGGUACCCGCUUAUGACAUCUAAGGCGGCUGCAGCUAAAUACAGCACUAGUAUGACAUCCGUAGCGUCGUUAGCGUCCUCAGAGAGUGGGAAUUCUGGUAGUUCUCUUGCGCAAACAUCUCAGCCAACUAGCGGCCAGUCGGUUCCGAGUUUGCCGCACCAGCCUCUGCCACUUCAUGCUUAUUCGGCGCAGCCAAGUUUGCACCUGGGAUACAACAUGUUUAACUACCCGUAUCUCCAUCAAAGUGUUCCCUACAUGCACGCGCCGUACCAGCACAGCUUUGCGGGGAAUAGUGCGUACCCUCAACCUCCGGCUGGAAGCAACUAUCCGCCUACAAACAACUAUCCUACUGCCGCUGCCAAGUAUCCAAUGGCUCAGUACAAGCCCGUCACGGCGACAGCGAGUACAAUCCACUCUGCUUCGGCAGCCGGGUACGCCGGGUAUACAUCCUCUCCGGCCGGCUACGCGACCAACCCGAUGGUAACACUCGGCCCAGCCUCUCUAAGUUAUGACGAAGCCGCGCUAUCGCAGUACAAGGACAGCAAUGUUUACAUCCAAAGUCAACAGGGCGAAGGCUUUUCCCGGGAAUCUUUCUACAACAUUCCGAGUCAAAGCCAAUACACUGCGUAUGCCCAGCAGCACCACGGACAUCCGACGACUGCUUAUGGUAGCCUGUACCAUCCGACGCAGUCCGUCCCGGCUCCAAACUCUCACCAGAUGCUUCAGCAGCCGCAGACUUUGGCCACGGCCGGAUCCCAGGGUGCUGCUGCCGCUGCCGCGGCUUAUGGCCAGCAGCCUCAACGUGGGUGGAACAAUAGCUACUGAGCAACAGGGGGGAGGAGGAGCGCGUUUUCUAUGUUCUCCAUAACAACAGGUACUCUCUUGGUGUCUCCUGUUGCUGAGGUUUGUAUAAGAUCACAUAUAGCGGAAACUGAGUGAAGAGUUGUGGCUCGAAGGGGAAAGUGUAUAUAACAACAACAGGGCUUUUGCCGGGCUUUUUUUAUUGGGGGCUCUUUGGAUCAGAUCAGAUCAGACUUUGAGUAGCGGGUUUUUUUAUACUUCUAUAGUCUUUCCGGCUAGACGGAUGGACACUGGUAAAAAUGUUAUCCUUUGUACCAGAGUUCCGAGAAGAAAAGCAGUUCUUUCUC